CACAGUCCAAUAGAAAUAUGUUGAUCCCUAGUGAUGCGCAUACAAAGUCGCCCAAUAUUGGUGGACGGAACAGUAGUAGUUCGUUUGUCUCUCGCAUCCCAACGAAGUCGCGGAAUCCAAUAGAAGACAUCAUUGACCUUACUCCCUGCCAUCUCUUGGCACCCAUGAUGGACGGGAAGAUGGUGACAGUUGCACAUGGGCUAGUGCAUCCAGUAACCAAAGAGAACAAGCUGCACUGUGUGGGUUUACCAUCGGACAUGGCAAAGGUUGAAGUGAAUAAGGUGCUCGACCUCUUCGUCGAUUUUGAUAUUGAAGAUCGCCAACCUGAGCCAGGUUGCAACAAACUAGGACAAUGCAAGGGGUAUGUCAUGAAGUGGCCGAAAGAUGCGAUAAAGCUGGUGGGGAAACCCACUCGGACUACUCCGCAGUACUCGAGCAAGUCAACCACCCCAGCAAAUGAAGUGGGUAUUUGCGCACCGCUAACAUAUGACGACCUGGAUGCCGAUCAAGGCGAGGAGGAUGACAUGAACCAAGACCAGGGGGUUGGGUCCAAUUUGUAUGUGGCCCACAAGCAUGGUGGCACAAAAAAAAGGAACUUUACUGAUGAGGCGACAUCUCCAGGACCGCAACAUGUAAGAAGUAAGAAGAAGAAAGACAAGGCGGGAAAACAGGAGCAAAGGUUCAAAAAAUCAUUGUCCUACGGAUCAACGAACGCAAAAGGAGAGCGAGAAAGUGGUAAAUGGCGGAAACAUCAUAUCCGCGGCGAGCCGUUGGUACCAGUGGAUGAGUUUGAGAUCCUUUCUGCCCACAUGAAGGCUCUGCAUCAGAAUAUUAAAGAGUUGGAAGGUCUUGCAGGCUAUGCCUCACAUUACACAGCCAGGGUUCCAAAUGAUUACCACCACUUCGUGACCAAAUAUCCGGCAGACAAGUUCUAUCUAGAGUUUCCGGAGAUCUUUAGAAUGUUCAACCUAGAUUUGCUCGAGUCCUCCCUUGUCAGGCUAUGGGCGAUGUACCUAGUCAGAGAGACUAGAGAAAAUAAAGACCUUGCCAAUGUGGGAAUUGCUGAUCCUUAUCACAUGCACGACAACAACCUAAGCUCCGAUGAAGGUAAAGAGCUUAUUCUGAGGGAGUGUAUCUUUCCUGCAUUGCAAAACAACAAGGACAAGGAGUAUAUACUAGUGCCCUACAAUCCAACGGGUCACUGGGUUCUGAUUAUUCUCAUGGUGAGUGAAUGCAAGGCUUUUUACUUGGAUUCACUUAAAAACAAUGCACCGAAAAGGGAUUACGAAGUGUUGUCAAACAUUCUGGAUGAUGCUCUCUUUGAACAUAGUUUUAAAGUGAUGAAGUUCUUCAACACUGAGCUCCUCCUGUACCAGCCUGUGGAGGAGUGUGAGGCCAUGCUCAACCAAGUCCUACCAUAUUGA